AUGAGUUAUACUCAACGCGUGCUCAAGGAAUCUGUUCCUCCUAUUUUCCAAUCCACCAAAGCCUUCAAAACAACCAUGGUUGGAAGCAAGAAGACAAGAGGCAAAACCGCCGCGAUGGCUAAAUCCACGACGGCCCAAAGCCACUCCACCCACGAUCCCGCGAUCGACAUGGUGGCACCACCACCUCUCACCACCGCACCGGCCACCGCCGCUGAACAUGGUGGAACCUCCCAUCAAGAUGGGCUCGUAACCACCACCGACUUAGGCCCGGUCUUGGAGCAACUUCAAGUGUUCCCUCCGUUGCCUCCAUGCUCGACGCACGCUCCAGCGUACACCUCCAAUGAAACCCUAGCCCGUGUGCAAUUGGGCUCCACACACUUCUCUCCUCCCGAUCCACAAAGUCAAGCAGAUCUUAAUCUGAGAGUUGACCAGCUAGCUCAGAAAAUGGACGACCAAAGCAAUCUAAUGAGGCAACUCCUCCACCAAAUAAGCUUGGCUCAAAACCUUGGCCUUGGACAACCGAGUGAAGAGAGAAGGAUAGACGAGUGCACCGGCAGGCAGCUCGACGGGUACUAA